UUCACCUUCAACACGACUACGAUAUUCGCCAUGGCCGAUUUUGAAAUGGGGAAAGAAAGGUGUCGAUUGUUUACACACGCGACGAUUGUGACGGUCAACCAAGACCAGGAGAUCAUACUCGAUGGCGCCCUCUUGGUUGAGCACGGGCGUAUCUCACAAAUCGGAAAAACAAAAGAUCUGGAGACGCUUGUCGAUAGUAGCAUCGAGAUCAUUGACUGUACCGACAAGAUCAUCAUUCCCGGACUCGUCAAUACGCAUGCCCAUCUGGCCCAAUCACUGCUUCGAGGGCUCGCCGAGAACCUCAAUCUUCACAAUUGGCUCUGUGAUGCUGUAUGGCCACUGGAAGCGAACUAUGCUGAAGAAGACGGAUAUAUCGCGGCUAUGCUCACCAUCGCCGAAAUGCUGAAAACAGGAACGACUUGUUUUCUGGAAGCUAUGCUGACUCACCGAAGUGGACUCAGCAAUGUUGUCAGGGCCGUCAAAGAAACGGGUAUUCGCGCGUGCUUGGGUAAAUUGAUCAAGGCACCCGAGACCAAUUCAGAUUUGAACAUGAAGGAUGCGCGAGACCGAGACGUUCAUGCCAUGUCACUUGAGUCGGCACUGGCAGCACACGAGACCCAUCAUGGAUCCGUCAAUGAUCGACUGCAUAUUUGGUUUGCAGCCGGCACCCCGAGGGGAUCUGCACUGGAAGCUCACACGGCCAUCGGAGAAGCUGCGACGGAACGCAACAUUGGUCUCACGAUGCAUUGCGCAGAAGCCCCAAAGGACCUCACGAUCUACCGUCAAUACUACGACUGCAGCCCCGUUCAAUUCUGUACCAAGACCAGUUUGACAGGUCCCAAAGCCGUUUUCGCGCACAUGGUGCACCCCGACGUGGCAGCUGGAGACUUGAAUCUCUUGCGGGAUACGAAAAGCACAGUUUCGCACAAUCCCACGAGUAAUCUGAAGCUUGGCUCCGGUGUAUCUCCAAUCCCAGAUAUGGUUGCUGCGGGAGUGAAUGUGGCCCUGGGAACUGAUGGCGCGCCAUGCAAUAACACAUACGAUCUCUUUCGUGAGAUGCACUUGGCCGCAGUCCUUCACAAUGGACUCAGACAAGACGCGGGUAUCCUCAACGCGUACCAUGUGCUCGAAUUUGCAACCAUCAAUGGCGCCCGAGCUCUCGGUCUUGAAGAGCAGAUCGGAAGUCUGGAGGUCGGUAAAAAGGCCGAUAUUGUCGUCGUUGCGCCCAGAGGCCUGGGUGCAGCACCAUGGGAUGCAAGCCAAGUAAAAAAUGGUGGUCUGGAUCCAAUAACCGUUCUUGUGCACAGCUCGGGGGUCGACGUUGAUAUUGUGUUGGUGGAUGGCUGCAUGCUCGUGGAGGAUGGAAAACUGUUGCACCUGGAUGAAACGGCGAUCAUAAAAAAGGCCAAAGAGUCUGUGACCAGCAUUAGAAAGAGGAGUGGGGUCGGUGCGCUCCAGCACAUGGCCACUAAAUACGUAUAA